UUUCACACCAUCCGCCCAAGAAUUAAACAUGUGAGGGCUCAAUGAGCUGGUAUUUUAGAACGCGACACACUUUUAGUACCUUACCCAAGAACGUGCCCGACUUCCAUAUCACAAGGUGCAUCCAGACAAAGUCUUUGAUUCCCAAAGGGUUCCAACUCCCCCUUGCCGUGUCAAACAAGAAGCACAGGAGAAAAACGCUUCUAGUUGACAGCCCUUGCUUUGCUGCAAUAACUAGUCCUAAUGGAAGUUUUUUAAGAGGCCUAGAAAGAGCUACGGCUACAAUGAUAUCCAGUACAAGGCUACCGAACGGCUACGCUUUGCAGUUUACUGACAUGUCCCGGAAGCAAAGUAAACUGCAAGAGAGGGUUUUAAAAGCAGUUUACGCGAUAGAAGAAUCUAUCCAGAGCUUUCAGCAGACAUUUCGGAGUUUCAUUGUUCCCUCUCCGCUUGCUUCGCGACUUACUCGGCUUAUUGAGAAUACGAGUGGUAUUUUCCUAUACAGCGCCCAGAAUUUCACACAAUCCGCUCCAGGAAACGCCAAAACUGGUAAGUGGACACGUUUUACCUUGUUCGGUACAAAGAAGGAAGUGGUAGAUGCUUUUGCUGCUUCCGUGGUAGAACGCGUGUCUGGAGGGAUACAGGAAAGGGUAACCCUACCUGGUUUGGUGAGAGGAUGGCCUAUAGGCGUGAUCCAAUUUCUAGUGGGACCCAUUGAGAAACUGACAUCCACCUGGAUUUCAAAAACAUCCGGUGGUGCCUUGUUCAUCUAUGGUCAAUCAGAGCUGGAAGUGGCCAAAGCAAAAUCCAGACUUCAAGACGUCUUGUCCAAUGGUAUAGAACAGGUUAUAUCGAUCAGUAUCCCAGGUUUCCUAUCGGAUAAAAUUCAUACUAACAGUUUAAAGCCCCCGAAUGAAAAAACCUGUGGUGUAAUUGAAUCUCUGGUGUCCCCCGACUUUCAUUUCGAAUGGUCCAGCUCUGGAAACUGUACCCUAUGGAUAUAUAGCUCAAACCUGGAUAAGCUCCAAUCCGCCUAUGAUCGAGUCCAUUCACUCUUAUGUGCAUCAUCCAAGUGUGAAACGAUUCAAAUCCCUCGGAACUACGCCUUUCCACUUAAUGAGUUACUCUUAAAUUCGCCACACCUCACUUUCCACCAAGGACCUCCCUCGCUGAAGAACUUUUACGUUACAGCAUGCGAUACACAGGUAUUAUCGGCUCUAGAUGCGUUGACAGAGAUUGAUAUACUUCUUGCAAAACUUACUAAAAACUCUCGGACCGUGAAGAAUGUCCCACUCUGGAAGAUUGGAAAAUUGCUCGGUGACCAGGUUAAUUGCUUGGAUUUCCUCCUUGCUGGUACCGUGGAGCUUACAGGCAAUUGGUUAUCGGUUUAUGUUUCUGUUCCGCAGGGGAGUAAUUCAGGAUUCACGAGCUUGCACGAUAGCGUAUCGGUGCUCGUGUCCUCUAUGGAUCGAAAGAAGGUCUAUAGUGUAUUACUGGCGUUAGAAGCCAUGAAAUUGGACAUAUGAGGGGCCCUUGAGAGAUAUUAAAGGAAAAGGGUUAAAAAGGUUACAUUAUUGAUAAGUUGAUGUCGGGUGGAGCUGAUUGCUCGCAAGAUAUUGCUGAGAGUACAGCUAGAUAGAACGUUUGAUACACGUUACCGAUCGUCAAUUGAAAGACCACGAGGCUCUAUAAAUCAUCUUCCACUCUUUGUGGAUUCGCGAUCCUCGUCGUUAAUAAAAGCACCUCUGGACAGAAACGAUGUAGUACGUUUAUCCCAUGGAGAGCCACCUCCAGAGUGAUCACGUAUAUGGUA